AUCAAAUAUAUUGAGUUAUGCCUGUUAGCUUCUGGCAGUGGAAGAUAUGUAUAAAAUGGGGGUGGUAUAUUGUCUCAAAGUAUAUCUGACUUCAGAAUUGUAAAGACCAUACCGGGGAAAAUGAAAGGAGCCUUUAACCUUGCUGUUUGUCUUAGUGUUUGCUUUUUAUUUCUUGAUGGAGCCACUGCACGCACCCGUAGUUACAAUGAAGAAACACAUUGUCUACAUGAGUUGAAAGAGUUUCAUACAAACUCUGAGCUGGGUAUGGUUGGAGGAAGGAAGCCGGUUUGUGAUAACGAGGGGAAAUACGCCCCAAAGCAGUGCUCAGGAUCCCAAUGUUACUGUGUAAAGGAUGACGGUAAACAAAUUGAAGAUUUUAGUGUUAACCGUUGGGAGGCCGAACAACAGACUUGCAAAUGCGCACGUUCUCAAGCCGAGUAUCAGGAAACUGGUAUGGUGGGGAAAUCAUUCCGUUGUACAGCCGAUGGUAGCUAUGACGAGAUUCAGUGUACAGGGUCACAGUGUUACUGUGCUGACGAAGACGGACAACAAGCCGGAAGUGACAGUGUCCAUAUUGUUUAUCUAGACAGACUCAAUUGUUAAUUAUCUCAAGUUUAUUUCGUUUUGUUUUGUUCUACUUUGUAAACUGAAAUUAAAAAAAUAAUUUUAUUUUAAA